UCGUAUCUGACUCUGACACCGACCCACCUCUCGCUUUCUUUUAAAAUAAAAUAAAAAAAUAAAAAAAAACUCUGUCAAAUCUUUGUGAGAAAGCUCAAUGAUUUCGAUUAGAAUUCUCCUCUCUCUCUCAUCUAAAAGUUUGUAUCUUGUUUAACUUGGGAUGUUGUCCUUAUCCUACACUUGCUGACAUUUUUCAUUCUAAUCGUGAAAUUGGAUUUGGUUUCAAUUGGGUGAGACUCUUUGUAUGUUUCUGAAUUGCCGUUAGUACGAAUCGAUGAUUCGUUAAUGUAUGAGAUGAUUGAUAAUUGUUUUGGCAUUUGGAAUCUCUCAACUUUUUUUGUUUGAUAAAAGCUUUUUUUUUUUUAAUCUGCCAAGCAAGCAAGCAAACCUCUCUUUCUAAGAGAGAAGUUUUGCAGUUUUGAUCUGCAAAUGAUGUAUCAGGCCGUUCCCACGGCAACAACAACAACAACAACCUCUCGCGGUGGAAUUCCAACGGAGAGCGGUGAUUACGUUGUCACUCUGGAUCAGAUUCCGAGAUGGAGCGAUGUUGUUGAGCAGCAGAGGUCUUUUUCAGGUGGCGCAAACCCUUUGGCUACUGCGGCGGCUUCGUCCUCUGAAGCAGCAGGGAGCAGCAGCAGGAAUGUGAAUGGGAUGGUUUCUAAGUUCCCUGUUGAUCACGAGAUUAACUCCGAGAUCUACCUCUGGAGAGGGGAGCCGUGGAACCUCGAGGUUGAUGCUGUCGUCAAUUCCACCAAUGAGAACUUGGAUGAGGCACAUAGCAGUCCUGGUCUACAUGCAGCUGCUGGACCUGGUCUUGCAGAACAAUGUGCUACACUGGGUGGAUGCAGGACAGGGAUGGCGAAAGUAACAAAUGCAUAUGAUCUACCAGCGAGGAGGGUUAUCCAUACAGUAGGACCCAAGUAUGCAGUCAAGUAUCAUACAGCUGCUGAAAACGCUCUAAGUCACUGUUAUAGAUCUUGCCUGGAGAUUCUCAUAGACAACGGGCUUCAAAGUAUUGCUACGGACUGUAUAUACACAGAAGCCAAAAACUAUCCCCGAGAACCAGCUGCUCAUGUUUCCAUUAGAACUGUUCGUCGCUUUCUAGAGAAGCAUAAAGAUAAAAUCAGUGCCGUUGUUUUCUGUACCACCACAUCCUCUGAUACAGAGAUAUACAAAAGAUUACUUCCUCUUUACUUUCCUCGUGAUGAGCACGAGGAGGAGGUUGCCAUCUCAAAGCUCCCCGCUGACGUUGGGGAUGAAAACGGUGAGACUGUUAUAGACGAACGUAAAAUCAGAAUACAGGCGUUGCCGAAUAAACCUCCAGCCACAGACAGGUCUUUUCCAGCUCUAGUUGAGCGCUCUGCCACUGAUCUUGCUUUGGUACGAAGGAACUCAAAUCAUCUUGAUUCAUAUUUGGAUCCCACCUUCAUGUCAUUGAUUAAAGAUCCAGAUGAAAGGCGCAAGGAACAAUGGGAGAAGACUGCACAAGCACAGAGUGGAUUCAAUUUCGUUAAGCUGCUAGGGUUUGGUGAUCUUGGGGGACCCCUUCUCUCUGCUGCAGAGGAAUACUCACUUCAUUCGAGAUACCUAGCAAAAGCUAAUUCUCUCAACCUUUCGGAAAUUGCGGAGAUGAAAAUUGUGUACCGUGGUGGUGUUGACACCGAGGGUCAUCCUGUGAUGGUUGUUGUAGGAGCUCACUUUUUGCUGCGAUGUCUUGAUCUGGAGCGUUUUGUGCUUUAUGUUGUAAAGGAAUUUGAACCUUUGAUACAAAAGCCUUACUCGAUUGUCUAUUUCCAUUCUGCAGCAUCUUUACAAGUCCAACCAGAUUUGGGAUGGAUGAAAAGAUUACAACAGAUACUUGGCCGCAAACACCAGCGCAACCUUCAGGCAAUCUAUGUACUUCAUCCAACUUUACAGUUGAAGGCGACAAUCUUAGCAAUGCAAAUGUUCGUUAACAAUGUGGUGUGGAAGAAAGUUGUAUACGCGGACCGGCUCCUGCAGCUGUUCAAAGACGUUCCUCGUGAGCAGCUGACAAUCCCAGACUUUGUCUUCCAGCAUGAUCUUGAAGUCAACGGAGGAAAAGGUCUUAUCGUUGACCCAAGAACCAAAUACGUCUAUCAACGGCCAUGAAAUCAUCAAACUGAAAAAGUAUUAAUCAAGACAGUUACUCUAUUGUAUGUUGUUUAUUCUUUCCUGUUUGGUCUUAAGACUGAGCUUCUUACCUUUUUGUGUUGAUGUCGGGUGCAAAACAAAACCCUCUCUUACCCUUUUUAAUGUCUGAAUCUUGUUAAUAGUUUACUUCUUCAGUUCCAA